UACAACAGGAAGAGGAAGUGAGUUAUUUCCUCUUCAUAUUUUCUUUAAAACCCAAAAGAGGAAGUAAAAAUAGUAAAAUUUCCUAAACUUGUCAAACAGAAAGUCAAUAAAAUUUCUUGAUUAUUUUCAUAUCAAAUACAACUUUCAAAAAUGUUUCAAGAACCUGACUACAGAGAAAAUCUAUCAUUGAAGUUGUCAGAGGUUUUAGAUGACAUUGGUGUCAAUGAAAGAAUGGUGAUGAGAAGAAGAAGAACUUACAUGCUACAAGAGACAAUGAAUUAUAUCACACAAAAGUCAACUGGAAAAAAAUCGCUUAAAUAUUUAAUAUUUGGAAGUCAGAGUGAAGGUACUACUACCAGAGGACUUAAAUCCGACAUUGAUUUUCUACACUUUGCCCUUUGUACUAAUGUAAUGCAAGACUUGUCAGAGUGGGAACAUGGCAAGUUAAACUAUCUCAUGAUACAGGAUGAGAACACUACCCCCGGUUAUUGUUUCUUACAACUGUUUCGACCAGAUGAACCUAGUCCUUUUACUGACUAUCCCGGUAAUGAUCACUAUAUAACUGAUAGAAGUGGAAGAAUUUUAUGUAAAAACACAUUUUCAUUUUUGGCCCGUCCUGGUGGUGUAAGGCAUGGACCAUCACAAGCUUUGCUAGGAGGACCUGGGUUCAUAGAUAGAGACAUUGUGGCAGCUUUAAAAUGUAAAUCAUGGCCUCAAUCAGCUAUAGGUUGGUUAGACAGACAAGGAAUUGGCAGAUGGCCAACACAAGACAUGAAAAGAUAUGCAGCCAGUACUAGGUGUUUUGUUGUUGGGACUGGAAGUAAGGUCAGUGUAUAUCCUGAACUGGAAUGGAGAAUAUCUACAUCCCUGGCAGAAAGGUGUCUUAUGCUUAACCUAAAUAUAACACAAAUAAGGUGCUAUGUAUUAUUGAAAAUGAUUCUUAAAUCCUACCUAAAUCCUCAGGGGACAAUUAAUAUAUCAAGUUUCAUGUGUAAAACAGUUCUAUUAUAUUGUAUAGAAAACACAGAGCAAAGUAUAUGGAGAGAAAACAAUUUAUUUAUAUGUCUAACAUACUGCUUAUUGGAAUUACAUAGCUGUCUACUGAAUGACAGCUGUUCACAUUUCAUUAUCCAAGAAAACAAUUUGAUGGCAGGGCAAUUUACAGCUGAAAACAAACAUGAAUUUUCAAAAGUUAUAACUGAAUUUAUACAGAAUGAUGGACAUGGGUUACUAGGAAUUAAUAUUGAUGAUCUUGGUCAAAGACUGCAAGUUAAACUGAACAUGGUACCACAUGGAGCAUACAAGUUUCAGUCUUCCGUUCAAAUAAAUGAAUAUCAAAUGACCUCGGCAUAUAUAAGAAUUGCAAGUAAUACAAGUUCAUGUCAUAUGCUUAUUUUAAAACAUUUACACAAUGAAAACAUUACGACAAUGAAGCAAUCUGUUAUUAAACUAAUGACAUUCAGAGGUGAUGGUCAUAGAUUACAACAUGCUGCAUUCAAGUUUCUAGCACCUUUUCUUUUUACCACAUAUGGGUCUGGCCUGGCAUCAUCGAGCAUUGGUCAAAAUAAUCAAGUGUCAUAUGAAGCAUUGAUAUGGUUAUCAGCUGGUUUAAACUCAGAUAUCUCAUCUAGCAGACUUAAAUUGGCUUCAGUGUUCUACAGUACAGGAGAUAUGGAGAAAGCUGAACUAAUUCUGAGACACACUGAACAGCAAUAUUACUCCUAUCCUGUUUUACAUAUAUGUGCCUGUUGGAGGAAGCCUAUACCUAUAGUAACACGAGAAUUUGAAAGGGUAUGUGUUGAACAAAGUGAGGAGUGUAUCAAACAUUUUACAGCAUUUUGUGUUAGAUUCAUACAGAAAGAGAUCAAUUGUGUUCCCUGUGAACUACAAUAUGAAAUGUUCAGAUCUACACAAGAUGACAGGAUACACAGAUAUAGGUAUAGAGACUGUUGGAUGGACUGGGCUGUAGUUGAUUCUCUACCUUUCCUGUAUUUCCUACAAUAUAAGAUCUACAGUCAUCUACAAAGACAUCAAGACCAACAACAAGCGUUAUGCAAACUUACAAGAAUCAUAACAAUAGAUGAAAACCUCAAACAUAAAGAAACUGCUCUAAAUAUUUUAGGGCAAUGUAUGGAACAAGAAGACAAACCACAACAAGCAUUAAAAUGCUACCUGCUUUCUCUUCAACAAAGGGCAAGAAACAAUGCAGCAAACUACCAUAUAUCUAAGCUCCUUUCUAGGAUAUUGGCUGGCCAAUAAAUAAUGUGGUCAAAAGCAGACAAUAUUCAGACUUGGAUUUUAAUGAUCAAAACCAUAAUUCUUGUGUGAAUCAAACUGAUUCAAUUGACAAAAUAUGCUCUUUCAAAUUUUUUGUUACAUUGUAUUUUCACAUAAUAUUAUCACAUCAAAAGCCAAGAUUGAUCAGUGAUCACAUGUGUCACCUCAAUAUAGCCAAUUGCAUUUUGCAGCUUCUGUGUAGAAAGUGACAUAAAAAUCAUCAACAGGGCCAAACGCGUUUUUUAUUCAAGGGCAAUAACUCAACCAAAAACUAUUCAAGCGGAAAACCUGUGUAUUAUGGGCAAGUACUUGAUGUACCAAUCAAUCUUGUAAAGUUUCAUUGAAUUACAUUAGUGGUAUAAGAGGAGUAAUGUGGACAACCUUUAUUAAAACUUUUUUAUUCAAGGGCAAUAGCUCUGCCAAAAAAUACUCAAGCAAAAAGCAGUGUAAGUACUUCAGCUACCAAUCAAUCCUUUAAAAUUUCACUGAAGUGGUAUGAAAAUUGUAGUCCGGACAAACUAAAAAUAAAAAUAAAGGGCAAAUACGAGUAUAUGCCAAAGUAUGUCACUUGGUCAAAAUCUAGAUCAGCUGAUAAAAAAGUUCAAUGUUACUUCUGAAACUGUGCACCAAUUCCAAAUUUCAUAGCUGUACAUAAAAAAAAAGAAAAUAGUAUGAUAGGUUAAAAUUUAGGUCAGCUGAUCAAAGUUUAUUUUUACAUCUAAAAACGGUGCAUGUGGUUCAAAUUCCAUACCUAUACAUCAAAGAACAAGAAAAAAUGUCACUAGGUCAAAAUCUAGGUCAACUGAUAUCACUGUUCAAUUUUACAUCUUAAACUAUGCACAUGGUUUGAAUUUAAAAGCUGUACAUAAAAACCCCAAGAAAUUAGGUCACUAGGUUGAAAUUAGGUCAGUUGGUAUCAAAGUUCAAGUUUUUACAUCUAAAACUCUAAACUAUAUAUGCACAUUGUUCAAAUUUCAAAGCUGUACAUCAAUUAAGAUCGAGCUGUCGGAGGACAGCCAAGCUUGACAAUUGGAAAAAGUUGUCACAAGGUAUAAUAAUGCUUAUCUAUAUGAAUACAUAAAAUUGUCCCAAAAAGGUACGAAAUUAAUGCUUGUUAUUAAGAUGUUGUAUUGAGUAAAUCACUACUUGAUUAUUAUGAAUGCAUAGAAUUGUCACAAAAAGGCACAGAGCCUUGUCAAAAAGACGUUUUAUUGAAGGAAACAUAUUAUCACACAUAGAAUUGUCAAACAAGGGCUGUAAAACACAUAUGCCAUCCACGAUAGCCUUUGACCUUCUAUCUACUGAAGGUCACUGUGACAUUAAUCUUUGUCCAACUGAACCCCCAAAAAUAUCGCAAACCUUUGUCACACAGGUGUUUUUUUUUAAUUGAGUUUAGCAAUAAAGAGAACACAUAAAAUUAUACAAGAAAGAAUAAAAAAUAAGCAAUAUUGUUUUAAUUAAUUUAUAAAUUAGUAUAAGGAUUAUACCCAAAAUAUUCUUAAGUACGUGGUACUUCUUUUCCAUAAAUUAAUUGUUCUAAGAUCCAAUAAUGGGUGGUGCUGCAGUAAUCAAUUUCAACUCUUAUACACAAGUUGCAUUAAGUGUGCUUUUUCUGUGAAAUCUUUUUUCAAGCACACCUCCAGAUUCAUGCUAAUUUUCAUGAAAAUUUGAAAAUGUAAUUAACAGUAUAAUAUUGUAAAGUUACCAACAUAAUGCAAUUUACACAUUGUCGGUCUAUGUGGAUUACUAAAAAAUAUGCAAAAAUAGCCAUUACUGCGUUAGUAAGGAUAUAGUUAUUCAUGUUAAAAAAUUCAGUCAUUGCUGGAAGAUAACAUGUAAAUUUUUACUAGAAUUUUGAAUCUUAAUUAUUUUUCCUAAAAUCUUUAUUAGUACAUUUUUCUCAGGUUUGAUUUUAUCAAAAUAUUUCAUCUGGAGGUAUGCAGCUUUAAAUUAUAUAACACAUAUUUGUUGCACAAGGUAAACUGGUUUGUUUAUUGGGCACACAGUUGUCAACUUUAAUAAUUUUAAUGAUUGUAUUUGUAUAUGUAUAUAUAUUCAACAACAACAAUUUAUGUCAGCAUUUAGUAUAUAUCUCUUAGAUUAUAUUGUUAAUUGCUAAAUCUGCAUGAUGAUCUUUUGUUAAUAACUUGAAAACAUUUUUUACUGUAUUAUGAACAAUUUAUUACACUUAACAUAUAUUAUGUUAUAAUGGAUAUAAGCUAUAUGUAGUUUUA